CUGUUUGUGGGUUGCAUUCCCUUUCCACUACCCAGAUAAAUCAGUCCUAUAAUAUCCUUCAUCCUGAGCCAGACAUUCCCAGCUGACUCCAUGCAAGGCAAAUAAGUCAUUUACUCUAGAUUUAUGGCGGAUAAGAUUCCGAGACUGGGUGGCAACCAUUUCAUGGCUGAUAUAAAUCCAGCAGAUUCGAUGGAGAGGAGGACUUCUAUGGAAAGACCAAGUGAAAAUCAAGAAAUUAUGAUUUCCAACUCCAACAAAAAUUCCACUGCUGAAACUACAUACCAGAUUUUCGCGGGUUCCUGGAAUGUUGGAGGUGUUUCACCUCCAGAUUAUUUGGACAUACAGGGUUGGCUCCGACCUAAUAAUAUUAAACCUCCAGCUAAUAUCUACGUCCUCGGGUUCCAAGAAAUUGUACCACUGAAUGCAGGAAAUGUUGUGAGAUCUGAAAACCGCAAGGUUUGUGAGAAAUGGAAUUCGUUGAUCGGAGCAGCUCUUAACGAUAAGAAGAAUAAGCUUACAGAAGAUGAAGAAGAAGAAGGAGAUUUCCGAUGCAUCAUCAGUAAGCAAAUGGUUGGAAUAUUUAUAUCUGUUUGGCUUUCAAGUGAUCUCUGCCAAUACAUAAGACAUCUCAGUGUCUCAUGUGUUGGCUGUGGUAUCAUGGGCCGCCUAGGGAACAAGGGUUCAGUGUCAGUGAGAUUUUGGUUGCUUGAAACAAGCUUCUGUUUUGUGUGUAGCCAUCUAGCUUCUGGAGAUAAAAAAAGCGAUAAGAGACGAAGAAAUGCAAACGUCACUGAGAUUUUGUCUCGAACAACCUUUCCUCCUGGACCCUUCACUAAUUUGACCACAAAAAUUCUUGAUCACGAUAGGGUGAUUUGGCUUGGAGACCUAAACUACAGAAUCUACCUGCCUGACGCCACAACGCAGGAUCUUGUGGAGAAGCAAAAGUGGAAGCUUUUGUUGGAAUAUGAUCAACUUAAGACGGAGCUCAUGGAAGGACAUGUAUUCGAAGGUUGGCAGGAAGGAGAAAUAAACUUCGCUCCUAGCUACAAAUAUUACCCGAAUUCGGGACUGUACUUUGGCCGUGAUCACAAGAGAAAACACAAAAAAAGGCGUGCUCCGGCGUGGUGCGAUCGAAUACUAUGGUUCGGGAAAGGACUCGAGCAAAACCAGUACGAAAGAGUAGAAUCAAGACUAUCAGACCACAGACCCAUCCGGGCAAUUUUUAUGGCAGAAAUUGAGGUGUUGAGAGCUCCUGAAGGACUUCAUAGCUUUUUGUCAGACAAUUUUAUAUGCUUGCCAAACGAUUUCGAUGAAUGUUUCUGUGACAAAAUAUUCACGUAAACGGAGAUCAA